AUAUGAUGCCAGAGAGUAUUUAACUCUUCGUAUUGAGGAUCUUUUUUCUUAUAUUGCCAGUAGGGGAGAACCGGAUUGUGCUCGGUGGAGUUUCAGAUCUGUCUUGGAAUCCAACCGAGCACGAACAUCAAUUUGAAUUCAGACAUGGAGUCACAGAAGAAACGGUCCUCAGCCGUAUCGGAUGUGGGAGCUUGGGCUAUGAACGUUAUCAGUUCUGUUAGCCUUAUCAUGGCCAACAAGCAGCUCAUGUCGCCCACCGGUUAUGCCUUCGUCUUUGCAACAACGUUAACUGGGUUCCACUUUUGUAUGACCGCCUUAAUCGGUUUGGUGUCAAAUGCCACUGGUUACACAGCAAAAAAAUAUGUUCCUUUAUGGGAGCUUCUUUGGUUCUCAAUUGUUGCCAAUACUUCAAUCACUGGGAUGAACUUGAGCCUCAUGUUGAAUUCAGUUGGAUUUUAUCAGAUUUCAAAGCUAAGUAUGAUUCCAGUUGUUUGUGUGAUGGAGUGGAUCCUUCAUGGCAAACAAUACUCAAGCAAAGUCAAGAUUGCGGUCGUUGUGGUGGUUGUUGGUGUGGGUGUUUGUACAGUUACUGAUGUUAAAGUUAACGCACAAGGAUUUAUUUGUGCCAUUGUCGCUAUCCUGUCUACCUCCUUACAACAAAUUUCAAUUGGCUCCUUACAGAAGAAGUACUCAAUAGGCUCUUUUGAAUUGCUUAGUCAAACAGCUCCAAUACAAGCUCUAUCUCUUUUGUUGCUUGGUCCGUUUGUAGAUUACUUCCUGAGUGGCAAGUUACUGGCAAGUUAUAAGUUCUCCUCAGCUGCUUUUUUUUUCAUACUGCUUUCAUGCUCCUUAGCGGUAUUCUGCAAUAUAAGCCAGUAUCUGUGCAUCGGACGAUUCUCUGCCGUGUCUUUCCAGGUUCUAGGCCACAUGAAAACAGUUUGUGUUUUGAUAUUGGGAUGGCUACUCUUUGAUUCAGAGCUAAAACUGAAAAAUAUACUUGGGAUGGCCAUUGCUGUCCUUGGCAUGGUAGUAUACAGUUGGGCAGUUGAGGCUGACAAGCAAACUGAUUCCAAGGUUAUACCACUCCGGAAAGAUGCUACAGAAGAAGAUGUUAAACUAUUGAAGCAGCAAGUGGACGGGUCUUCUCCACUCAAGGAUGUUGAGCUUGGCGGCAGGUCUCAAGGAUAGAUUUGUAUAUUUUGCCAAAAAUAUUGAUUGAUUCAAUGUUUUAAGCAUUGGCUGUACAAAAUGUUCAAUUUAUUGUGUUACUAAAAUUUUUUCAUUACGUUCUUGAUAUUUCAUUGUAGUGAAUUCAUUUCAGGAUAAGAUACUUUCUGAUGAAAAAUACUUGUUGCCCAAACUUUUUUUGUCAGCUAUUUAUUUAAUAUCAAAGUGAUAACAACUUAUUAAUUUAAUCCAAUUUAAAACUCAUCUAUAAUUUAUCCAAUAAUUACGUUCUACGUCAAAUAAUAUAAUAUAAAUAA